CGACAAAUAUACAUACAUGAUGAAGUACUAAUUCAAUGGCCUUCGCUUUCAAUUUGGAACAAGAGAGUAAAUAAUAUGUUAUUUUAAAAUAAUUAGGUAGGUUGAUUAAGUUGGCAGAAUGAAGACUACGUCUCGUUGAUUAAGAGCUAGCAUCUGGACAUGAACACGAUGCUAUUACAUGGCAUUAUUAAGAGUAAAUUUGUAUAAUCACCUUCAUAUAAUUUGUACAAGGGGAAAUUAGUUUAUUGUUUCUUUUCUGCUUUUCAUUUCAGGGUAUACAAAUUAAUACAUCACACAUGCAUGUAUAGAUGAUGUCAUUAUUAAUUGUCAUUAGGCAUGAACUUCCCGAAGAGAAGAUUUGAUUGCAUUAUUUAUAAAUGGCAGCCUUAUGAACAUUAUCCAAAGCAUACUGAAGGGGGCUUUCUAUAUUGUGAUGGCAAGCAACAUUAUCCAAAGCAUUCAGAAACUGGCUUCAUGGGCCAAAUUCAAAAUACCUUUCUUCAAUGGGGAAUUGGAUCCAGAUACUCAUCAUCACCCAGAAGAAAACCCGCUGGAUCUUGAAGCCGGUUUGGAGCUCCAACAACAACAACAACAAAAGCAACAAGCAGCAGAAGAAGAAGGGCGUGUAGUACUGCCAGUCUCCAUCAGGCCAUCAGUAAGGUCAUCACCCUCACAUUCUUCGCCUAUCAUUGACAUUAAUGAAGAUUUUCGGCCGCAAGGAGAUGGAGGACUACUGAACACAGUAGACCAAAAUUUCAGAGAACAAGAAGUUGGGAAAGUGAUCAUGGGCUUCGUGAUGGCGUUGACUACCGUUUUUGUGAGCGCCAAUGCCCCUGAUUCCUUGAUUGUCAAAUUUCUGGUCAUUCUCCCCAGCAGUGUUGGGUUGGCUGCUAUUUUGAUUGGGAUUUUGGUACGCAAUACUACUUUCCAAAGGUACGCCCACAAGAUUGAGCAAUUUGGAGCUGGUUGUGUAGUUUUCGCUGUCUAUGCGUUGAUCACCUCUUUUUUGCCCCUCUUCUUGCAAUGGCUUCCUUGGUGCUGUUUUCUUAUGAUCAUUCUGGUUGUUGGCCGAGCCUCCAUUUCCCCACACAAACAAAACUAACUCGAAACCCAUUACUCAAUUUUAUGUGUGUGCAAGAUUAAUCAUUAACAUACUAGUCAAUUAUAUAUAGACUAGUAUAUAUCAUCAAAUCAUCUGCUAUAUAUAAUAGGGUUUGCCAAAUUAGACACUAUCGUAGGCCUUAUGUAAUUUCAAAUUCACUGAAUUUCAUUCAUGUUUAGACUCAAUUUGUACAAUAUAUAUGUAGUUAUGUACCUUAUCUAUGAUCUCAACCUGUGUAUUCUAGUUAGCUUGCACUGUGUGUGUAUGUGUUUUUUUAUUAUUAUUAUAUCAAGUACGAGGGUUGAUUUUGCAUAAAUAUAUAGCUGCAACCUCCAGCUAUGGUAACUUAAUUCGCUAACAAUUUUUGCAAGAUAUGCUGGCUCAUGAGUCAUGAACUACUAAGUGGAGCCAAUUCUAUCUGAAAAUCCCAAGUUUCACAAAAAAAAAUUUCAUAUUCUUUUUUUGGUUUCGGUUUCAAAUUUAAGUGGGUCGAUUUAAUUCAAUUAAUCAUUCAAUAAAAAUUAGGCUGACCGCUGACGAAACCCAAUCAACUUACCAAUUAACUUCUUAUUCAUUGAAAAUUUUGAACAUAGCUGUUCCAUCCUCCCUCUUGUGGUUGAAAAUGGUGCACUGUUACAUGAUACGUGAUACAAAAUUGUCGCAUGAAACCCUUACUAAAUAGGGCAAACUACAUUUUGCCCCCGAGUUUUGGCUCCAUCUACCAUAAGUCUCCUGAGUUUUGAUAACACUCCCAUAUACUCCCUGGACAGGGGGUUAAAUAUUAAAUGACUAAAUUAACUUUUGUUUACAUACACUUUAUUUUCUUUUAUUUUUUUCACUUUGUUUUUAUUGGUGUUUUUAUCAUGGAAAAUGAAAAUACUUAAUUUAUAAUUUGUAUAUUUAAUUAUAACAUAAGUUAAUGAAUGAAAGCUAUUCUACGAUUAACAAUGUAAGUUUAUUAUAUUUCAAAAAAAAUAAUUAAUGAAGAUUAUUUCAUUUCAAAAAAUAUAAUAUAGUUAAUUUCAAAAAAAACUUAUUGUCUAAUUGCAUUAAUAUAAAAUGAUUAAUAUGGAGUAUAUUUUUUUAACUUAAUUUAUGAUAUAUAUAAUUUAAAAAGAUUAUAAUGUAGUUUAUAAAAUAUGAAUUGAGGGUUUUUUGACCAUCUGCAAAAAUUUCAUGAUGAUCUUAAUAUGUUAAGGGGGCAUUUGGUAAGUUGACUAUGAGUUAAGGAGGUAUAUGACAGUUUUACUAAAACUCGGAGGGUUAAUAAUAGGUAGGGCCAAAACUCGGAGGCUAAAAUGUAGUUUGCCCUACUAAAUAUAUGUUCAUGCAGAUGUUCUUUCUUCCUUUAUGUAGCCUUAUUUGAUCGGAUGAUUGUGAUGGAAGCAUUAACUGAAAAUAUAUUCCCUAAUUAAAUCAAAGAAAGAAUUUAGCUUUUCGAUCAACCUUAUCGAAGGAGAGCUUAAAACCAAAACGUAAUACAUUUAGAUCUUCAUUUUAAAAUUUUAAAUCAUCUUUCCUUAACUUUCUUUUUCACACUGAAAAAGGCAAAGUCUGAAAUCUAAAAAAAUAUUAAAUAUUGGUAUGAAAUACCAACUAACUAUAUCAUGUUAUAAUCAGAAUUUCAUCGCAUCAACAACACAAUCAUUAGCAACUGACUCUGAGUUUUGUCAAGAAAUAUAUCUCCUUUUCGCAUCCCUGAAUAGCCAAAUGAAACCGUUUUAACCUUUUGCCUCAUCUCACCACGGCGUCAGAGCUAGAGUUGGGACCAAUUUAUUUCUUUCUUAAUUUUCUUAAUUAGUCUUCUUCAUUCUCGUCACCCAGAGAGAUCUAGUAGAAGAGGGGAUUUUAUUCCUUCUUGGCUUUCUACAUCAACCAAUCGGAUUUCAUGUUGAAAUAUUUUCAAUAUAUUGGACUAUUAUUUUCAAUAUAUUAUGAAAAGUUAUAAAAUUAAGAAAUGAAGAGACACAUUCCAAAUGUUCAAAAGUUGUGUCUAAGGAUUUCAAUGAAAAGACACAAAUUAAAAGUGGUGUCUAAUCAUCUAAAAAAUUGGAGAGACAUCAAUAAAGAGUUGUGUUUAAUCCUAAGAGUCACUAGAAUUCUAUAAAUAUGAAUCAUUUGAGAAUUUUUGGCUGUAGAGAAAAUUUUUCAAAUACUUAGAAUAGUUCUAAUGACCGUUCUUAUCCUUUGGUUUGAUCUCCAUUUUAUUUCAUAGGGAAUUCACCUAGACAAUUGUACAAUAUAGUGGACCAAUUUAGCCUAAAGGAAAGCAAGAUUUUUCUUGUUACUUGGAGACAAAUCUUUUUCUUUUAGCAAGUGUUAUUUUUCUUCUAGUAUUUUGUGCGUUAAUACAGUCAUUGUUGUUUAUUCUUUUGUAAUAGAAUUCCAUCAUUUCAUAUCACGAUUUUAAUAGAAGUUGUAAUCAAUUAUUAUUUCUCUCUAAAAAAUAUUCCACAUUAAGUUUUCAUAUUUGUAUUAUUUUUUUAUUUAAUUUGCAAUUUUUUUAAGACAAAAUGAAUAUUAUAUAUCCAAUUGGAUUUGAAUAAAAAUAUGCACAUCGCUUUCUUGGUAGAAAAUAGUUAACAUGUAUCCAGUCAAACUAAAGUUCAGCAUUUACUCAGGCAACAUCCAUGUUGGGAUGAAGAAUUUCACAUCGGCCGUGGAAGAAUUCGAAUUGAUAUAUAUAUAUAUAUAUAUAGUGUAAGUUUUUUGUGUUACUCCACUUAUUACCGGUUCAUUUGAGAUGAUAUUAGAGCCAGCCUACGAGUUCGGUAAAAAAAGAAACAUUUGUUUGUGUUAUCCUACUUAUUGCUUAUCUAAUUAUAAGAUAAUAUGUGUAUUUUUAUUAAUUCAAAAAGAACAAGAAAGAAGUGGUAUUCCCGAGGCAGAGAGGGUUAAAUCACAGCUGCAACAUGAUACUACUCUCUUCUCAUAUAAGUCAUUGCGAAAUUUCAUAAAAUUUAAGAAGAUAUUAAAACCUUGCUGUAAUAUUAAAUUGUCCCCAUCUACUUUUAACACAAUUCUAAUCAUAACAAAUAUAAUUUUAGGUUUAGCACAACUACAGUUUUCCAUUUAUGGGCAAUAUUUGAAAAAAUUAACAAAACAUGUCUCGUUUUGUGAAAACGAUAUAUAUUUUGAAACAUUUUGUUUUUUCUACAAUUUUCAAAUCGAAGGAGUACUAGUUAUCGAGGUUGUCUAUUUAUUCUAGGAAUGAAAUAUCUUACCUUUAACACUAGGGGCGGAGGGAGGGGACUAUUAGGAGAGGUCGCCCGGUCCUCUAACUUUUUCGUUAAAAGAAUCUUAAACUUUUUAGUCUAAGUUUAUUAAAAAUUUUCAAUUUUGUCUAUGCAAAGAAAAGAAUUAUACACAUUUUUACUCUUGUCAAAGAACUUUUAGAGAUUUUUUGCCUCUACUUUAAUUAAUUCCUGGCUUUGCCACUGUUUAAGGUGGUUGUGCCUCUCUUUUGCAGGGUUUUGAGUCUUUUGACGGUGUCAAAGACUAAGGAAAUAGACAGACGUUGAACUGGCAAAAGGCAUUCUUCAGAACAUAAAGUCGUAAACACACGCCGUGCUAUUCCAAAAAAAAAAAAAAAGAAUGAAACUGAAUUGAUCAAUUCCAAAAUCUCUAUAUUCGCUUGUGCUAUUCAAUAUAAAUAACCACCUCUUGUACUACAUGGUAUCUUAUUAGUUUCGCUGGUGUAAAGUUGCUACCAUAAUAAGUCAACCACCUCCUAAAAUCAAAUUACUCAAGCUUAAUUAACUAAACAAAAGAUUAAAUAAUUCAUAAGGUUCACAGUACCCCGGGAAAAGAGAAAACCUUUUAUGCUUAUUAUUACGACGAAAUAUUAACAAGUUCCAUUUUUCUCUUUCUCUUUGUUGGGUGCAGCAAAGAAGCCAAGAACAAUGAUAAAGUCAUGGAACUUUUAUUUCAAACUUUCACUGACUUGAGCCAAAUUUUUGCAAAGAAAUAACUAGUUACUAUAUAUAUGACACACAGAACGAGAAUGAUAUAACUAAUUUCUAAGUUCUAAACUUUUAGUCACGUCUAUAAUGAUGAAAUUCUAUAAGAAACAGGACGAUAAUUUUGGGACGAAAGACUUGGUUUGUAUGAAAGUUAACGAAAUGAACUUUGAGAAUUACCUCUGCUAGCUGCUUAUAUAUUUAUUACACACAUCUACAAAACCGGCUAGAGUGUUUCGGAAGUCAUUGCGGCAGCUGAGAACGUGAAUACUCCUACGGCUGCGGCCACCGAAGCGACCGACAAACAGCGGCAGUUUCCGGCCAAUUAUGGGAGUCGGUGGCGGGUCCAAAUGGACAUGACUGCUCCGGCGGAACUGGAAUCAUCUCGGUUGAACUACUCUGAAUAUGAUCAUAUGGGAAGUACAACAGAGCAAACACAGAUAGAAAUGUAGUGCCAAAGAUUAUUGCAUCCACUCCGAAUGGAGAAGAAGCAGACUUCUUUCCCAUCUUUUUUUUUUAUUUUCCUUUCUAGACUAGUAUGAAAAUUCGGGUUCUACAUAUAUAUGUGCAUUAUGAAUGUAAUAAUUCAGCUUAUUCAUACAUAUUUAUACUAUAUAUAUAGUGCUCCUGCAGUAUUAAUUAUGAUGAUCUUUCCAUUAUAUUUUUUCCACCAUAUCUUGUGCCCUCUGUUUCCGCGAAGUUUCGUUUUUUU